AAUAUAACUAAUGGCUAAACAAUAAGGAGCAGGGUCACUUUGGAAUCCAAAUAGUUGGCAUUGGGAAGAGAAAAAUUACACUCCAAUUUCAAAGCAAUUGAUUGAAUCUAAGAUCAAAUCAUGCAAAGUUGAAUCUGGAGAUAUCACUUUGUUCAAUUAGGUUGUGAAGUCAAUCACUGGAGAUGUAAAAUUGCUUAUUUAUUGAAAGGCUUAAGUUAACAUCAGAAAGGGAAAACAAGUUUUGAUAUACGAUUUCGAUAUAGAAGUUGAAUGGCAUGGUAUAUUAAAUAAUUGAAUAUUAAGGUGUCAAUUAAGAUCAUGAGGCUGAGGGAACAUAUAAAAUUAAGGACUUGAAUUCUUUGGAUAACGAAUUCGAAAUAAUUCAUAUAAGCUGCAAUACUAAAACAGCCAUUUCUGAUAAGUGCAAAGACUUGAUUAAGAAAGACAUGUUCAAAAAAUUAAAAGAAGUCUUCGUCACUUUGAUGUAAGAAAUAGGUUAAUAUGAAUCUGAUCCAGAAAAAUUGUAAAUUUGAAUUAUUAACCAUAUUAGAAAAAAAGACUAAGAGGCAAGAAAAUUGGCUGAAGAAUAAGUAAGACUUGCUAAAGAAUAAAAUGGAGAAUUAAAGGAAAAGAUCUUUUAUGAACAAAAACUAAAAGAACAAUAAAUGAAAGAAGAGUUCUCUUAAUUUGCAUAAAAAUGA